CUCAGUUUACAGUUUAGUAACGGCAUUCCGGAUACCACCCCACCACAGAGCUCCAUGCCACUCGCGUCCAGGCCCAGUGUCCGGCAACGGCGGCCAACAAAAAGGGAACACCGGUGCCUGGAGUGUGGCCGGCGUUUCACCCAGGCCUCCAGCCUGCUCCGGCAUCGGCGUGUGCACACUGGAGAGCGCCCCUUCUCAUGCCAGGUGUGUGGCAAAGGUUUCAUCCAAGCAUCGGACCUGGUCAAACACAGCCGUGUGCACUCGGGGGAGCGGGCUUUCUGGUGCCCCCAGUGCGGCAAGAGUUUCCGGCAACCAGAGACGCUGGCCAAACACCGCAAACUGCUGCAUCGAGGGGAAGGGGUGGCCGCUUCUCCCCAGAAGGGUGCAGGGGGGAUCCUCUCUCUCCCUCUUGAUCUCCCUCAGGAUCUCCUGGGCACGUCGUCUGGCUCCCACACCCAGUACAUCACAGAAGGAGGCAACUAUCUGGCCCCAAAAGCCAGCCACUGGGGCAGCCCUGGGCCGUCUUCACUGUGGGAGAGUCUAGGAACCAGGGAGCAGGGCCCAGAUCCCAGCCACUGGGCCAAGCAGCAAGUCUCCCCUGUCCGGGAGGAUCCAGGCACCAGUCAGGAUGUCACUGGUUGCAGGGAUUGGGUGAAGCAGGAAGUGUGUCCAGUGGUGGGUGAGGAGGUGCAGGUUCUCAGUGAGGUUGUCAAAGGCUCACAUGAGCAGGUCCCACAUUUGGACGAAGAGGUCCCACAUCUGACUGAGGAGGUCCCACAUCUGACUGAGGAGGUUCCACAUCUGACUGAGGAGGUUCCACAUCUGACUGAGGAGGUCCCACAUCUGACUGAGGAGGUCCCACAUCUGACUGAGGAGGUCCCACAUCUGACUGAGGAGGUCCCACAUCUGACUGAGGAGGUCCCACAUCUGACUGAGGAGGUCCCACAUCUGACUGAGGAGGUCCCACAUCUGACUGAGGCGGUCCCACGUCUGACUGAGGAGAUCCCACAUCUGACUGAGGAGAUCCCACAUCUGACUGAGGAGAUCCCACAUCUCAAUGAGGAGAUCCCACAUCUCAAUGAGGAGAUCCCACAUCUCAAUGAGGAGAUCCCCCAUCUCAAUGAAGAGAUCCCGCAUCUCAGUAACUGGACGAAUCCGGUGAAGAUUGAGCCAGAGACUAAUGAGAAGAUCCCAGAUCCAGUGCCUGGGGAAAUCCGCUGAGCGAUGAACCAGUGACGGGGCAGUUUUUGGGUAUGGAAUCUACUGGUUCCUUCAUUGCUGAGAGUCGGGGUUUGGAGCUACCAGGAAAGUUGGACUUGGGCUUGGUGACGGGGCCGGCAGUGUGAGAGGCCA